UGUUGGAGUGUUCAAGAACGGCCGUGUUGAGAUCAUCGCCAAUGACCAGGGAAACCGCAUCACUCCAUCAUAUGUGGCCUUCACCACUGAAGGAGAGCGUCUCAUUGGAGAUGCUGCGAAAAACCAGCUGACCUCUAACCCUGAGAACACCGUCUUUAAUACCAAGCGGUUGAUCGGCCGCAUGUGGGGCGACUCCACCGUGCAGCAGGACAUUAAAUACUUUCCUUUUAAGGUUACUGAGAAGAAGAACAAGCCUCACAUCCAGCUGGAUAUUGGAUCAGGCCAAAUUAAGACUUUUGCCCCUGAGGAAAUCUCCGCCAUGGUUCUGACUAAGAUGAAGGAAACUGCAGAGGCUUACCUGGGACAGAAGGUCACACAUGCUGUGGUCACUGUGCCCGCUUAUUUCAAUGACGCCCAGCGCCAGGCCACCAAAGACGCUGGAACCAUCGCUGGUCUGAACGUCAUGAGGAUCAUAAAUGAGCCAACUGCCGCCGCCAUUGCUUACGGUCUGGACAAGAAGGACAGCAAGAACAUCCUGGUGAUCGAUCUGGGCGGCGGCACCUUCGACGUGUCCCUGCUCACCAUCGACAAUGGCAUGUUCAAGGUAGUGGCCACCAAUGGAGAUACUCACCUGGGCGGGGAAGAUUUCGACCAGCGCGUCAUGGAGCACUUCAUUAAGCUGUACAAAAAGAAAACCGGGAAGGACGUGCGCAAGGACAGCCGUGCUGUGCAGAAGCUGCGCCGCGAAGUGGAGAGGGCCAAGAGUGUGCUGUCCACCGAGCACCUGGCACACAUCGAGAUUGAGUCUUUCUUCGAGGGUAAAGACUUCUCUGAAACUCUGACCCGCGCCAAGUUUGAGGAGCUCAACAUGGAUUUGUUCCGCUCCACCAUGAAACAAGUGCAGAAGGCUCUGGAAGAUGCUGACCUGAAGAAGUCUGACAUCGAUGAGAUCGUCUUGGUUGGCGGCUCCACUCGAAUCCCCAAGAUCCAGCAGCUGGUGAAAGAGUUCUUCAACGGCAAAGAGCUUUCUGGAGGAAUCAACCCCAAAGAGGCCGUGGCGUAUGGAGCCGCCAUUCAGGCCGGAGUUCUGUCAAGACAAGAGGACACCGAGGACCUGGUGCUUCUGGACGUGUGCUCUUUUACCCUUGGCAUUGAGACCGUUGGAGGAGAGAUGACCAAGCUUAUUUCCAGGAACACCGGCGUGCCCAUAAAGAAAUCCAAGCCCUUCACUACCGCUUCUGACAACCAGCUAGCCGUGACCAUCCAAGUUUAUGAAGGUGAGCAUCCCCUGACCAAGGAUAACUAUCUUCUGGGAACCUUUGACCUGACCGGCAUCCGUCCUGCACCCAGCGGCGUCCCUCAGAUCGAGGUCACCUUUCAGAUCGACGCGAAUGGCAUCCUCCACGUCACGGCCGAGGACAAAGGCACGGGAAACAAGAACAAGAUCACCAUCACCAAUGCCCAUAACCGCCUGACACCCAAAGACAUAGAGCGCAUGGUGAAUGACGCAGAAAAGUUUGCCGAAGAUGACAAGAAGCUGAAGGAGCGCAUCGACGCCCGCAAUGAGCUGGAGAACUACGCCUACUCUCUGAAGAACCAGAUCGGCGACAAGAAGAAGCUCGGCGGCAAGCUGUCAUCCGAAGAUAAAGAGGCCAUCGAGAAGGCGGUCGAGAAGAUCGAGUGGUUGGAGUCUCAUCAGGAAGCAGAACUCGAAGACUUCCAGGCCAAGAAGAAGGAGCUGGAGGAGGUCGUGCAGCCCAUCGUGAGCAAGCUGUACGGCAGUGCGGGCGGCCCACCACCAGAAGAGGGCGACGAGCAGGGCGAAAAGGACGAGUUGUAGAUCGUCCAGUGACUCUGUUCAGUUGCGUCGAUGCCCUCGCCUCUCUAGAAGUGGCACUGGUGUACAUAUUGAACAUUUUAGUAUGAACUGGGUGACCAUGAAGCCACGGAUCUCUUCGGGAAA